GUCGGGACUCGGCAGUGCCUCGGUUUUGUUUUGGAUUUUAGUGGUUUAUUAGCUAUUAUUACUUUUCAAAAUAAUCACAAUAAUGCUCCUGUUGAUAUUGAAAGCAUUCCGUGAAAGGUUCAUGGAAUUAUUUCCAGUAUGUUGAGCUUCUGAAUUGUUAUGCUUCAUAGGCCUAUCGCCUAUGGCGUUAUUUUGGUAAAGUGUGGAGAGAGCAGAGAGCAGUUUGGCUGUGGUGGGGACAUCGAAAGUUGGAGUAUGGAGUAUACUUGGCAUAUCCUGAUUCGCUCCUGUCAUGGACCACAGCUUUCAAGUAUGGCACUUGACAGGGACGAACCAGAUUGCUGGAUGUAUAUGACAACAUCUCUCUGUGCAAUGCAUCGAUGCUUAUAUGAGCUGGACAUCCCAGACCAGAACCUUCAAGUGUGGCUCUUGACAGCUGGUGUGAUGGGGGGAGGGGACACUUUCUAUGCAGCUUGGCACACUGAUGGACCACUUGACAUGUCAUCGACCACUUGACAUGUCAUCGACCACGCCACUUGAAAGGUGGAUGUGGAGGGAGGUACAUGCAUGGAUGAUGUGAGACCAAGAUGAUAUGAGCUGCGCGGGCAUCCUGAUAACACCACCCUUCUGUCAUCACCCCAAGCCUUCGAGUAGGACAUUUCAGGUGAGUCAUGUCACAUACCUUUCUUUUUGAAAUCUCUUCUAUAGUUAGGUGAGGCACUACCUCCGUAAACAAAGCCAUAGUGCAUUCUGGUGACGUCAGCACAG